CAAAAAAUGGCCACCCAAAUUCACAAUAAUGAUGAUAAAACAACGAAAAGAAAAUCAGCAUUGUCAGCGGCAGCAUCACCGCCAUCAAUAUCAACAACGAAUCGAAAUGAAAAGUGGAUCAAAUGCAAUCAUACAGCAACAAUUUAUUUUAGUUUCCUAGUCUUUCAUCUAUUAUUAACUACAUCAUCCAUUUUUUGUUUAACAAUUUUAGAUAAACAAACCGAUUCUAUUGCCAAGUAUCCCAUUCAUAAACACAUGUCCAAACAAGAUCUCCUUUCGGUGUUUUAUGUUGAUUCUCAUGAUAAAGUGCCCGAAUAUGAACUAUCCAGUGUCAGGCUGUUGACCAAACGAUCAAUACAAAAUGACGAUGCAAUAAAUAAUAAUAAUGAUGACGAACAACCACGACAUGAAGUAUAUUUAAAAGCAUUUGGACGUAAAAUGCGUCUAAAAUUACGUGAUAAUAAUGAUUUCAAUGAAAGAGUUAAAGAUAUGAAAGUAAUUAUUGCUGAAACAUCACGAACAACUGGUAAAUUACAAUAUGUUGAAGAUUUAACAACCGCUGACACGCAAAAUAUUGGCACAAGUUAUCAUGAUAAGGAUAAUAUGGCUGCCAUUUUUCUUGAUCAUGAUUCUAGGGGCAAAGUACGAUUGCAUGGAACGAUUGGCAACGAUCUAGUGAUAAAACCGAUCCCAGAAACAAUUGAUACAAAUAAUCAUCCAUCAUUGAAUGAAGUGGAUACUACCAUGAUGGAUAAUGUUAUCGAUCCGGAUGACGAUGAAAUGUUUUUGAAUGAUGAUGAUUUUAAACAAUUUAAACGACAACAACAUAUGAAUCAUCAAAAUCAGCUCAAGAAUGAUGAUGGUAUUCAUAUCAAACAAACGGCCAAUUCAACUGUACAAAAAUCAUUUGAUGAUGAUGGAACAAAUGAAAAUAUCCAUGUUAUUUAUAAAAGAAAAUUUCACCAACAUUAUCAGCCAACUGAUUUUGCCGAGUUGGAACAAGGUGAUAAAACCACAACAGCCGCAGAUAUAUUAUCACCGCAAUGGUUAGGAAGUUUUAAUGAAACAAUAAUGAAACGUACGGCACGUCGAAAAAGACAAGCACCCGGUACUGUUUGGCCCGAAGUAUUAUUAGUUGUCGAUUAUGAUUCCUUCAUGUUACAUGGUGCAACAAGUCGUGAUGUGAAACGUUAUUUUAUUAGCUUCUGGAAUGGUGUCGAUCUUCGUUAUAAAUUAUUGGCACAUCCACAGAUUCGUGUCAGUUUGGCCGGUAUGAUUGUUGCAAAGGAUCGAGAUGCAACACCUUAUUUGGAACGUAAUCGUUUACGGCCACCAAAUGCCGAUGCAGUGGAUGCUGCUGGUGCAUUGACCGAUAUGGGAAAAUAUCUUUACCGAGAAGAUCGUUUACCAACAUAUGAUAUGGCCGUUGUUAUUACUAAAUUAGAUAUGUGUCGUCGUCGUUAUGAAGGUGGACGUUGUAAUCGUGGUACAGCUGGAUUUGCAUAUGUUGGUGGUGCUUGUGUUGUCAAUAAACGUUUGGAAAAAGUGAAUAGUGUUGCCAUCAUUGAAGAUAGCGGUGGAUAUAGUGGCAUUAUUGUCGCUGCACAUGAAGUUGGUCAUUUACUUGGCUGUGUACAUGAUGGUUCACCACCACCAAGCUAUCUAGGUGGUCCUGGUGCCACUCGUUGUCCAUGGGAAGAUGGUUUCAUUAUGAGCGAUCUACGUCACACUGAACGUGGUUUCCGUUGGUCAACCUGUAGUGUUGAACAAUUUAAACAUUUUCUAAAUGGUGAAACGGCAACUUGUCUAUACAAUUUUCCGCAUGAAAAUCAAUUAUUACCAAGAGUGUUACCAGGAUCAAUGCUUUCAUUGGAUGAACAAUGUAAAAGAGAUCGAGGAACGAAUGCUUGUUUUAAAGAUUCUCGUGUAUGUGCACAAUUGUUUUGUUUUGAUAGUGCUUCCGGUUAUUGUGUUUCAUAUCGUCCAGCAGCUGAAGGUUCAUCCUGUGGUGAUGGCCAGAUUUGUAGAAAUGGUAAAUGUUUAGCUGAAAUGGAAAACAUAAUACCGGAUUUUUCACAUGUACAACAAUCGAUACGUCCAAAACCAGAUAGAUUAUUAUCACGUAUUGAUUCGGCACCACCAUCAUCACCACCAAUGCAUAUACCUCCAUUUCGACGUGGAAAUUUACGAUUUCCACGCCGUGAUCCAUUUUUUCAUCAUCAUCAUCAUAAUAAUUUCUUUCCACAUGCAUCAGCAUCUGAACAUAUUGAUGUUAUUGAUGAAUCAAAUAGCCAACAGCAUCAACAUAGACAUUAACGACAACAAUGAUGCAAUUAUGCCAAAAAAACUCUUUAUUCCAAUUGGAUCAAUCAAUCAACGAUUAUUAUUACGGUUUUUUCCAUUAUUGUUAAUGUAUAAUUCUGCUGUUGUUUCGUUAUACAUAUAGAUUGCUAUUUUAUUAAUUAUUAUCUACCUGGCCUGUGAUACUAUACAGAACAAAACAAAACAAAACAACCAAUCAUACAAUCAUACACGAAAAUACAGAUAGAAAGAAAUUUGGAAUUGUUCAUUGAAUCUGUAAUUAGUCCAAUUAUAAUUUAAUCAUCAUCACUACCAUCAUAGCCAACACCAUCACACACACACACACACACAUACAUACACUGUGAUACAGUGCAUAACAUUUCACCACCAAAAAAUUGUCAUUUGCGUUAUAAAUAUAUCUCGGGGAUUUCGGGGUUAGAACAAAACAAAAACAUCACAUGGUAAAAGGGACAACGACAAUUACAAAACCAAAUCAAAAUAUUAAAAGCCAUCAAUCAAUCAAUCAAUUAAUCGACCAUCAUCAUUAUAUCGUGAAUAUUCUUCAUUUUCAUUCAUUCAUUCAUUCAAAUUCAAUAUUACAUACACACACACAAACAUAAUCGGCUUGUAGAUUUAUUUAGUACCACACACAUAUACACACACACACAUUUAGUAGUUGCGAAAGGAUUGAUUUUUUUCAUUUCUUGUAUCAUACAAUGUUAUUAUUUCAUUUCAUCUUUUCUGUAAAAUUAACUAUCCAAUUUGAUCCCACUUUUGAUUAAUUUGUAAUGAGCAAUUUUUUUUGAUUGAUUAAUUUUUUUUAUUGUUGUUGUUUAUAUUAUAUUAUUAUUAUUAUUAUUGUAAUUCUAGCGCUUUUGAUUUGUAGCACUUUGCUGAAAUUUUUCUGUAUGUUUGGUUUUUUCAAAAAAAAAAUUUGGAUUUUUGUUUAUUUCCUUUUUUUUUUUUUUGUGUCAAGUUUUCA